GAGUAUAAAUACAGAUCGCAGCCGUCGUAUCAGCACACAUAGUUACAAUCGUCAAACCUCAGUCACCAUGACUAUGUUUACUUUUCUGCUGUUGAGUUUUGUGGGAGCUACAUUUUGCCAUGGCCCAUAUGGAAACGGUAGAGGGUACAGUGUUGUGUAUGGCGCCGGUGGUGCAAGUGUCGGUGGCGGAGGAUCUGGAUCUGGCGGUAGUGGUGGAGGUUAUGGCACAGGAUAUGGGAAUGGACACAGCGGCAGUUAUAUUGUUGAGUAUGGCGGUCGCAGCGGCUAUGGAUACGGAGGAUCAAAAGUAGGUUAUGGCGAAGCAGCUGGAAAUGGCGGCGGAGCUGGAAAUGGCGGAGGAGCUGGAAAUGGCGGAGGAGCUGGAAGUGGCGGAGAAGCUGUAAAUGGAGGUGGAAAUGGAAAUGGAGAUGGAGGCGGAAAUGGAAAUGGAGGCGGAAAUGGAAAUGGAGGCGGAAAUGGAAAUGGAGGCGGAAAUGGAAAUGGAGGCGGAAAUGGAAAUGGAGGCGGAAAUGUAAAUGGAGGCGGAAAUGGAAAUGGAGGAUCAACAGUAGGUUAUGGUGGUUAUGGAAGUGGAGGCGGAUAUGGAUACGGAGGAUCAAAAGUAGGUUAUGGUGGUGUAGCUGGAAAUGGCGGUGAUGCUGUAAAUGGAGGUGUAAAUGGGAAUGAGGGCGGAAAUGGAAAUGGAGGUGGAAAUGGAAAUGGAAAUGGAAAUGGAAAUGGUGGCGGAACUGGAAAUGGAGGCGGAAAUGGAAAUGGAGGCGGAAAUGGAAACGGAGGAUCAAUAGUAGGUUAUGGUGGUUAUGGAAAUGGGGGCGGAUAUGGCUAUGGAGGAUCAAAAUUAGGUUAUGGUAGUUAUGGUAGUUAUGGAUACGGCGGCGGAGCUGGAAAUGGUGGAGGAGCUGGAAAUGGUGGAGGAGCUGGAAAUGGUGGAGGAGCUGGAAAUGGAGGUGGAAAUGGAAAUGGGGGUGGAAAUGGAAAUGCAGGCGGAAAUGGUGCAGGAGCUGGAAAUGGUGGAGGAGCUGGAAAUGGAGGUGGAAAUGGAAAUGGGGGUGGAAAUGGAAAUGCAGGCGGAAAUGGAAAUGCAGGCGGAAAUGGAAAUGGAGGCGGAAAUGGAAACGGAGGAUCAAAAAAUAGUUAUGGCAGUUAUGGAAAUGGAGGCGGAUAUGGAUAUGGAGGAUCAAAAGCAGGAUAUGGCGGCGGAGCUGGAAAUGGAGGAGGAGGAGCUGGAAAUGGUGGAGGAGCUGGAAAUGGCGGAGUUGCUGCAAAUGGAGGCGGAAAUGGAAAUGGAGGCGGAAAUGGAAAUGGAGGCGGAAAUGGAGGCGGAAAUGGCAACGGAGGUGGAAAUGGAAAUGGAGGAGGAAAUGGAAAUGGAGACGGAAAUGGAGGCGGAAAUGGAAAUGGAGGCGGAAAUGGCAACGGAGGUGGAAAUGGAAAUGGAGGCGGAAAUGGCAACGGAGGAUCAAAAAAUAGUUAUGGCGGUUAUGGAAAUGGAGAUGGAUAUGGAUACGGAGGAUCAAAAGUAGGAUAUGGCGGCGGAGCUGGAAAUGGCGGAGGAGCUGGAAAUGGCGGUGGUGCUGGAAAUGGAGUUGGAAAUGGAAAUGGAGGAGGUUUUGUUUGUUAUGUAAAUGGCGGAGGAGCUGCAAAUGGUGGAGGAGCUGGAAAUGGAAAUGGAGGCGGAAAUGGAAAUGGUGGCGGAAAUGGAAAUGGAGGCGGAAAUGGAAAUGGAGGUGGAAAUGGAAAUGGUGGCGGAAAUGGAAAUGGAGGCGGAAAUGGAAACGGAGGAGGAAAUGGAAAUGGUGGCGGAAAUGGAAAUGGAGGCGGAAAUGGAAAUGGAGGUGGAAAUGGAAAUGGUGGCGGAAAUGGAAAUGGAGGCGUAAAUGGAAACGGAGGAUCAAAAGUAGAUUAUGGUGGUUAUGGACAUACAGGCGGAUACGGAUACAGAGGAUCAAAAGUAGGAUAUGGCGGAAGAGCUGGAAAUGGAGGUGGAAAUGGAAAUGGAGGCGGAAAUGGAAAUGGAGGCGGAAAUGGAAAUGGAGGCGGAAAUGGAAAUGGUGGCGGAAAUGGAAAUGGAGGCGGAAAUGGAAAUGGAGGCGGAAAUGGAAAUGGAGGUGGAAAUGGAAAUGGUGGCGGAAAUGGAAAUGGAGGCGGAAAUGGAAACGGAGGAUCAAAAGUAGAUUAUGGUGGUUAUGGACAUGUAGGCGGAUAUGGAUACGGAGGUUCAAAAGUUGGUUAUGGUAGUUAUGGAAAUGGCGGAGGAGCUGGAAAUGGAGGUGGAAAUGGAGUUGGAUAUGGAAACGGAUACGCUCGUAAUGGCGGUGGAUAUAGGAAAAAAAGUACUCCAUACUAAAUUUGUACAGCCAUACAGUACUGUUUAUGAUUUUAUAAAGUUGACUAUUUUUUAAUAUAGCUGGUAACAAAACUCAAAUAAAAACAUAUUCACUCAUUAUUCUCUCAAAUUAUCAGUGCCAAACACGAAUUAUAGUACCAAGACAAGUUUUCCUGAUUAACGGACAUCUUAUUUCAAAGUUUAAAGUCAAUCCGUGAUAAUCGAUAUAACAAGAAAGAAACUCUUUCACAUUAGUAUUGUUAACAUUUAACUUGCAUGACUAUGUACAGUGAGGUUAAUGUAUGAUCCUUUUGUAGUUUAACAACUUAAGCUUGCAAUUCAUUGAUUGGCGUAUGUUUAUAUGUUAUGUGUGGUUUUCGUUCAUUUUUAAUACAUAUAUUCGGCCGUCUGUU